AUGAUUCGCAAUCAAAACAAAACCUUUGCUUGGAUACCGUUGGAACAUAACCUGUUUGGAUAUGUUCUAUUUAGUUUUGAAAAAAUUGUUAGAAAUCAUAGUAAUGGAAGAUUUAUGCUACAUAAUUGUAAUUUCAAAUUCAAUUGGAAACCUAAGCCAAACUCAUUGAAAAUGGCAGAAAAGAAGAAAAUCUUAUUGAAGGCUCUUAUUGAAUAUUUUGUCGACAAAAAGAAGUUAAUUGAUAAAAAUAAUGAAAGGAUGACGUUUACCAAUGAAUAUAAAUACCAUCACUAUAAAUUGGGUGUUCCUUGUUGCCAUAUAGACAUUAGAUUCAUACGUUUUCUGAAAUUUAUAAAUAUACUUGAUGAUAGAAGAUUAAAUGAACUUUGUAUUCAAUUUAAUAAAGUAAGAAAGCUCAAUCUUGAUCCUCUCAAGCAAAAAAGUCAACAUUUUCUUUCUGCUCAAAACGAUCUUCGAAAAAAUCGUUUUAACGACAUUUUAUGUUUUAAUUCCAACAUACUGAAUUUCAAUGGAUAUGAUUUUGAAAAUAUUCCUGGAUUUAUUUACAAUAAUGAAAUAAAAAAUCAAAAUAAAUGUUUUGCUUAUUUUUCAACAAAUGUUAAGGAUAUGAAGACCAAAAGAUAUACGAACAAACCUUUUGAUAUAGUAAAAAAUUAUGUAGGGUAA